GUGAUUUCCGACACACACUCUAAUUUCAUAUUUCCCCGCGGCCAUCUUUGCGUAACAGAUCAAAAAAAAAACAAAAAAAAAAACGUGCGGCGCUGCAGAGAGACCGCCGGCCCUGUAGGGGGCAGUGCAGAGAGCGUGGCGGUCAGGGCGCUCCAGAACAAAACCAACUCUCAAAUGGCGGCACGAAAACGAAGCAUAGUGUGGUCAUUUUUCCAAGCCGAGGACGAGAAAAGAGUAUUAUGUCUCCUUUGUAUGAAAACGGUUUUAUAUUUCGGUCACACGACCAACAUGCUUCGCCAUCUACGAGCGAAACAUCCGAAUGAUUUCUCCGCCUUGGACAAGAGAAAAUCCACAGCGGGAAAAAGCGCAUCCAACCAUAAUAACGGCUGUGUAGAAGUGACCGUCAUGAUGGACGAGCAGCAAGUAGAAGUCCCGGCCGAGGUGGGAGACGCAGAGAUGGACGGGGCAAUCCGAGGAAUCCUGUGCGCCGCCGCGGGAGAAGCGGCGACGGAAGGAGAGACGUCCGGGUGCGAGGGUGAGGGCAGGGGGGCUCAAGAGGGCAGCCCUGCACCCGCCCAAACCCCGACCUCGCGCAAAUGGAGCGCAGUGUGGGUUCACUACCGCAAAGUGGACCAGGAGAAGAAGGCUCUGUGUUUGUUGUGCAUGGAGAAGAUCCAGCACCAGAGCAGCACCAGCAACCUCAUCAGACACCUGCAGAACAAGCACCCUGCCGAGUAUGCUCAGCUGGAGGAGCAUUCACAGAAACGACCCCCAAAACGCAAAAGCGAGGAUCCCGAUUACGUCCCUGCGACCUCGCCCAAAUCCCGUGCCAUGCCAGCCGGCCGCCUCGUCCCGUCUCCGCUCGGCAGCGGUCUCACGGUGGUGGACUGGAGUGAUGGACGGAGGAUCCUGGAGCGCGAGCGGGAGCUGACCGAGGCGCUGCGGCGUGUGCAGCAGGAAGAGGGACGGAGUCUGCAGCAGCAGAGGGAUUUAAUGCAGCAGAUCAGAGAGCUGGAUGCGGAGCGGCGGGUGCUCCAGAACCAGAAACGCGAGCAGGAGGACGAACAUCACAGACUGAAGAGGGAAAAGGAGGAGCUGGAAACCAUCAGGAUGGAGCUCCAGAAAGAAAAGGAAGAACUCCAUAAGGAGAGGGAGGAGCUGUUUAAGGCCAAGGAGGAGUUUCGGAAAGAGAGGGAGGAGCUGGAGAGGCAAAGACAGGAAAUGCAUAGAGAGGGACACAUACAGGGCCAAGUGUCCGAGUUUUACAACUGUUGAUUCGUCUUAAUGCUUCACUGUUCUAGCAAGUUCUUUCCGGUUCUUUGUAAUUUUUAAAAUGUUUAGUGAACGUAGCUGACAGGUUUCUUCAUUACUUUGCCUUUUCUCCUCUCUGGACGUAUUCCAUGUUGAGACAGGAUGAUGAUGAUGAGGGAGGACAUUUUCCUGUAAACGAUGCUUUUCACUGUGUAAUUUUUAACAUUGUAAGUUCUGCAGAACUCAAUACAACACUCUCACACACUCCUGUCACCGAGCCGUCCUUUUCUAAUCGCCUCAGUGUGUCCAGCGUGUUACCGGCUGAACCCGGACGGCAGCCUGUCCGUCGUGCUCUACAAAGUAUUGGCAUCCCUACCCUAUCCAUCGGUGGACCAGAAGAUAUGAGACAGCAGCAGUGUUACUGUGGAGAGUUUUCUUGUUUUGUUUUGUACUGAACCGUUUGUUUGGUAAUGUUAUGAGCUUCCAUGACCGUUCCAUGACCCCACCUUUCAGAAAAACAGCAUAUUUGAGAUGUAGUCAGCUAAACCUGAGAUUAGAUAUCCCUAGAAAGAUCGUAAUUAGUGACUUGUAUUUCCUGAAUAUUGUUACACCUGGAUUUAUUAUUAUUAUUAUUUUUUUUUUUUUUUAUCCACUUAGGGGUUUUUUUGUCCCACAGACUAGCCAGGGUUUUUUUUUUUUAUAUCCAUCUUUGGUUCAUUUUAUAAAUGAAAUAUAUAUCAAGGUUUUUAUAAGUUGACUGACGGACAUACUAAAUCACUCUGAUGUAGGACAAAUGUUUCUUGUUCAUAAUGUGCAUCAUGCAUAAAAUAUCCAACUGUUCAAGCGUACAGUUGUAUUUUUCAAAGGCAGAAGAAAUGAAUUAUAAUUAUUAUAAUGGGGGGGAAAAAAAUCAGCUUGGCCCUGGUACCAUGAAACUUUAAGUCCUGUUCCUACAAAGCUGAACUCCGUGCAUGUCGAGUUUCAUCUUCAUUCCUGAUUAAAUAAAAACAUUUCAGAAACA